AUGUCCCCCACGUCCCCGCCGUGUCCCCAAUGUCCCCCCUGUCCCCCAGGCAGGUGCCGCUUCGCCCUGGGCAUGGAGGACGGUUCCAUCCCCGACAGCCGCCUCUCAGCCUCCAGCGCCUGGUCUGACUCCACCGCCGCCCGCCACGGCCGGCUGGGUCGCAGCGAUGGGGAUGGCGCCUGGUGUCCUGCGGGUCCCGUCUUCCCGGAGGAGGAGGAGUUCCUGGAGGUGGACCUGGGCCGGCUGCACGUGGUGACACUGGUGGGGACACAGGGACGUCACGCCGGUGGCCACGGCAGGGAGUUUGCCCGUGCCUACCGGCUGCGCUACAGCCGUGACCGGCACCGCUGGCUGCGCUGGCGCGACCGAUGGGGCACUGAGGUGAUCGGGGGUAACGAGGACCCCGAGGGGGUGGUGCUGAAGGACCUGGCACCGCCCCCCGUGGCGCGGGCGCUGCGCGUCUACCCCCGGGCCCCCCGCGCCAUGAGCGUCUGCCUGCGCCUGGAGCUCUACGGCUGCCCCUGGGACGCCGGGCUCCUGUCCUACACAGCGCCGCGGGGACAGGUGAUGGCCCUCGACCCCGCGCCCGUUGUCCUCAACGACUCCACCUACGAUGGAUACAGCAUUGGCCCGCUGCAGUUUGGGGGGCUGGGCCAGCUGGCGGAUGGGGUGCUGGGCCUGGAUGACUUCAUGAGGAGCCGCGAGCGGCGUCUUUGGCCGGGCUACGACUACGUGGGAUGGCGCCGGCCCCCCGGUCCCCAACCCCACGUGGAGCUGGAGUUCGAGUUUGAGAGUCUCCGGACCUUCCGCGCCAUGCAGGUUCAUUGCAACAACAUGCACACGCGGGGGGUGAGCAUCUUCGGGGAGGUGGAGUGCCGCUUCAAGAGGAACCUGGCCACAGCCUGGGAGCCCACCCCGGCCACCCACAGCCUGGCUGGGGCCGUCAAGGACCCCAGCGCCCGCUCGGUCACCGUGCCUCUGGGUGGGCGCCAGGCCCGCUUCAUCCAGUGUCACUUCUUCUUUGCCGGGGAGUGGAUGCUCUUCAGUGAGAUCACCUUCCUCUCAGGUGGGUCCUACCAUGCCAGGUGGCCUCCAGACCCACCUGGGCCUUGGCAGCCUCCCCCAGCAGAUUGGCUCUUGGCCCCUGGGGAGCCCAAGCCGGGGCAACCAGUUGCCAAAGCUGACCACAGCCACACGUCCAUUCUGAUUGGCUGCCUGGUGGCCAUCAUCUUGCUCCUAUUGGCUGUCAUCUUCCUCAUCCUCUGGCGGCAGUACUGGAAGAAGAUACUGGGGAAGGCCCAGCGCCGGCCGUCAGAGGACGAGCUGCGGGUGCAGCUCUCGGUGCCGGGUGACACCAUUGUCAUCAACAACGCGACGGGGGCGGCGCGGGGACCCCCCCGCUACGAGCGCAUCCCCCCCAGCCAGGGCGAGUACCAGGAGCCGACGCGGCCGUGGCCAUCGCUGCCCCCGGCCCCCCCUGGGCCUGUCCCCGCCCCCACACAGGGGACCUUCACGCCGGCCAGUGACGCCUGGGCCUUUGGGGUGACGCUGUGGGAGGUGCUGACGCGGUGCCGCGAGCAGCCCUACGGGCGCCUGAGCGACGAGCAGGUCAUCGCCAACGCCGGGCACCACUUCCGUGCCCAGGGCCACCAGGAGUACCUGCCGUGCCCCCCGGGCUGCCCGGCGGCGCUGCACGGGGUGAUGCUGCGCUGCUGGUCCCGCGACGCCGCCGACCGCCCGUCCUUCGGCCUCCUGCACCGGCUGCUGCGCGACCACACUGUCCUGGCCUGA